GUGCGCGCUCUGGAGCCCCUGGUACUUAACGCUUGGCGUCUCGUCUGUGCUGGAGGAGCAAGGCGAAUGUGUAGACCGGGCUAGUCAGUGAAACACGAUAAAGACAGGUAUUGCCUCUGUAAUCUCACCAUACAGCCAUUCUUAAAUCCGCAGCGCAUUGAAGGAUAUUUCAUCCGAGAGGUCCCUACAUUUCAAGAGAAGACGAAGGCCUUAUUUGGAAAUCUUAUGGACGAAGAAAUGAGUCGCCAGACUGCCACCGCGCUGCCCACAGGAACCUCCAAGUGCCCCCCUGCCCAGCGCGUGCCCACCCUGUCAGGCACCACCGCCUCCAACAGUGACCUGGCCAGCCUGUUUGAGUGUCCUGUUUGCUUUGACUAUGUCCUACCCCCCAUCCUGCAGUGCCAGUCCGGACACUUGGUAUGCUCCAACUGCCGGCCCAAGCUCACCUGCUGCCCCACCUGCCGAGGACCUCUGGGCUCUAUCAGGAACCUGGCCAUGGAGAAGGUGGCUAACUCUGUCCUCUUCCCCUGCAAGUAUGCCUCAUCAGGCUGCGAAGUCACCCUGCCUCACACUGACAAGACGGAGCACGAAGAGCUGUGCGAGUUUCGGCCGUACUCCUGCCCCUGCCCUGGCGCCUCCUGCAAGUGGCAGGGUUCCCUGGAUGCUGUCAUGCCUCACCUGAUGCACCAGCACAAGUCCAUCACCACACUGCAGGGCGAGGACAUUGUAUUCUUGGCCACAGACAUCAACCUGCCAGGCGCAGUCGACUGGGUGAUGAUGCAGUCCUGCUUUGGCUUCCACUUCAUGUUGGUGCUGGAGAAGCAGGAAAAGUACGACGGCCACCAGCAGUUCUUCGCCAUCGUGCAGCUUAUCGGGACUCGCAAGCAGGCUGAGAACUUUGCCUACCGGCUGGAGCUCAAUGGGCACCGGCGCCGCCUAACCUGGGAGGCCACACCGCGCUCCAUCCAUGAGGGCAUUGCCACGGCCAUCAUGAACAGCGACUGCCUGGUGUUUGACACAUCCAUUGCACAGCUGUUUGCUGAGAACGGCAACCUAGGCAUCAACGUCACCAUCUCCAUGUGCUAAGACCUUUGAAGAGGAGCUGGUCAAAAAAGUCAGAUUGUCUGGGGGGCAUUUAUUUUAGGGGCUCAAAUCAGGUGUGGCUUCACAUUGCCUCCUUUCUGUGCCUCACCCCUUGAAACAUGGAACUGGACUGUCUUAGAGGGCAGCUGUGGAGGCCCCGGGGGUGGGAUGGAUGGAUGGAUGAGUGAAGGAAUAAAUACCCACAAGGACUUAACUGUGUAGUGAUGGCUAUAGACUUCUAAAUAUACACAUACAAGUGUGAGACUCAUGCACGCACAUGUAGUCUCACACUCUCUUGGUCAUGAACAGACACAAACUGAAAAGCUGUUCAGUCAGACUCUUCUCACACUCUUGUUUCGCGGUUACGUCUCUCUCCGCUCGUACUUCAACGUCUCUGUGUUCCUUUCUGCCUCAGUCAAUCCUCAGAUAUUUUAGACACUACAGAGGCUGGAGGCUGGUCAACCCUGAGCAGCCCUGUGAUGUGACAGUUGCACACUGAGGAAGGCUCAAGCUGUUUUUCAACUACAACUCGUGGUUUGUGCUAGGUAGGUAACCAGCUAUCUAGCUUUUCUUUCUGUUUGUAAUCCACUUCAGUAGCCGUCGGACCUCCUGGAUCAAACAGUUCAAACUUGCUACUUGAUACUUGCAUAGUUACGGCUGUGGCUGGUAUUGACUAGCUCACAGUGAAACCCAGAGUCCAUGAAAUCCUCUAGUUACAUUUUGCAGAUCUGAGUGUUUCUCUUCACCUGUGACUGACAUGGCUGUCGAUGUCUGGGACUUGAGCCAUUGCCCAUAGACAUGGGUGGCUGUAGCACCCAUAAGCAUGCAGUUGUGUUCAGACUGGAACCUUGUUUCUGCAUUAAGGGCCCAUGGACAUUCAUCUAUAUCUGGACUUAAAACAUCCUUUGAGAGUCACCUGGUUUCCCUCCAGUCCUCACCGGUCCACCAGGAUAAAAGCAUUGAAUGCAGUCUUCAUAAAUGGCCUGCCACCGAUGAGUUAUUAGACUCUGCACUCAUGCUGUACGGAACUAAUAUGGCACCUCAGCUUCACUAGCCCCGUAUUUUUUUUUUUAUUUAAAUACAUAUCAUGAAGUGGACACAACGGGGGGUUCUCACACACACAGAAACACACUUGCAUUACUGGUUGUGUGUGCAGGUGUGUUAGUGGUUGAAAUGAUUGUAUGACAGAGCCCUUUUUUUGACCAAGGGACAGAGAGGCAAAUUGUAAUUUUUUUUUCCAAAAUGAGGGGAAAAAAACACUGCAUUUCAGUUAGUUUUUAUUUUGAGGUGUAGUUAAAUCUGGGUUCCCCCCCCCGUUGUUUUAGUUCCUUUUUGUAUGAAGCAGAAAAACCCCUGGUGUGUGUGAUGCACGUCUGGCAAGAAGCCUCUUUCUCUUUCCGUCGGUGGUCUUUCAUUUCUGCUCAGCCUCCAUUUCACUCUGUCUGCCAGCGUUGGCCUCAAACACUGUUUGAUUGACCACUCAACCAGAAAUGAGGACAGUUUCUGUCAUUACAACAUUGCUAUUAUUAAAUGGAAAUUAUCAUAAACAUUUUUGUAGUUACUUUUAAAAACAAAAAUUAAAAGGCAUUUGUAAAACUUGUGGCUAAACUUCAGUGUUUGUAGUUAAAAAGAAAGUUGUUCUUCUGAAGCCCCCACCCCCCCAAGCUGGAUUGUUUUUCCUCAUGUAUUUGUCUUCUUGUUUGUGUGGUCUUUUUUCCCCUCUCGGUUUGUCUGAGGAGGGAGGGAGGUCAAGUCACCCACCUCUCCUUUCUGUUCAUGUGGAGUCUCAGUAAUACUGCUGCUCUCCCUCAACUCCUAGACCUUUUUGUUUUAAUUUGACAUUAAAUAAAUCUAUCUUUUUCAUA